AUCCAACCCAUCCUAAUUGUUCAUUGCACCUUCCUCCCUUCCUCUCUACCUCCUUGCAUACGUCUGUGGUCACUCUGACCUCACCACGAGCCCCCAUUCCAACCCCUUCCUUCCAAGCCUCCCUCCACUAAGCAUCACGAAAAGCUCACACUCUCCCACAAUUCUUGCCGUCACGCGCAUAUCAUCUCCAUGUCCCUGUCGCGAUCACCCUCUCCCCACGCGGGCGGAGGGUGGUCCAGCCCGGGCCUCAUUCCGGGUAGCGGCACUUCUUCGCCUCGACCAGGCACAUUGUCACCCGGCAGUAGCAUCUCAUGGGCAGCGGCCAGGGCCAAGAGUGACGAGGUGCGCCGGUACCCUUCUUUCUCGACGCGGAAUAGCGGCUUCUUCUCUCGUCAGAAGCAUAAGCUCACUACUCGCUUGCCCAUUCUCAGGCGACUUUCUUCCCACGAAUAUGUCGAUAAGGAUUCAUAUGGGAAAGAUUGGAGGCCUAGAAAUGGAGUUGAGCGAUCAUUCGGGAUAUCAAUGAGAAGAGGUCGGUUCAGGGUGCUGCUUGCCUUGCUGUUGGUUUGGAUCGGAUAUCUACUUUGCUGGCCAACAAUCGUCCAAACAUAUCGUCGAUCGCCGAUGGGCGGCGGCAAGAAGUUCGUCUUGAUCCUAGGAUCCAACGUCGAAGGAGGCGUUAUGGAGCUGAAGGGCGCACGCGAAUGGGCAAUCGAGCGCAACAGCAUAUGGAACAAGCAGAAGUACGCAAAGAAAUGGGGCUACGAACUAGAGCUAGCCAACCUACUAGCCAAGAAACGUUAUUCGCAUGAAUGGCGCGAAAGCUGGGAGAAAGGCGAUGUGAUCCGCGAAGCGAUGCGCAAGUAUCCCGACGCAGAAUGGUUCUGGUGGCUUGAUCUGAACACCUGGAUCAUGGAAUAUGAAACAUCACUACAGAGUCAUAUCUUCAAUCACCUUGAAGCCAGUGUAUACCGCGACAUCGGCGCUUACAAUCCUCUCAACAUCACACACCCACUCCCGGAGUUCUGGCUCGACGAGCUCAGCCGAUCCCCCGAAGGCGACGAGAAUCCCAAUUCACUGCAAAUGCUCCUCUCGCAAGAUUGCGCUGGUUUCAAUCUGGGAUCUUUCUUUGUGCGCCGUUCUGUCUGGACCGAUCGCCUUCUCGAUGCCUGGUGGGAUCCAGUCAUGUAUGAGCAGAUGCAUAUGGACUGGGAACACAAGGAACAGGAUGCCCUUGAAUACAUCUACCAGAGCCAACCAUGGGUCCGCAGUAGCGUGGGCUUCUUACCCCAACGCAGUAUCAACGCCUUCCCUCCUGGUGCUUGCGGCAAUACAGAGAAUCCAGCCGUGCAUUAUCAGCAGAAUGCUCGUGAUUUCAUUGUUAACAUGGCCGGCUGUAUGUUCGGUCGUGACUGCUGGGGUGAAGUUUACUAUUACCGUGAGCUCAGCAAAUGGCUGAACCGAACAUCUUGGAUGCGUUUCAAGGAUAGCCUCGGUGAUGCGUAUGCUAGAUUAUGGGGAAAGAAAAAGAAAUAUUGAAGGCGGCAGAGAUCUUAAUCUUCUUUUAUGAUUUCCUUCCUUUUCUCCUUCUUUUUCUCCCUCUUUUUCUUCCUCUUUUU